AUGCCACGCGAAGCCGAACCCUCCAACAAUGAGCGGGAGUUCCUACUCUCUGCCCUACGCGAGAACAUCCGCCUCGAUGGUCGUGCAGUUGAUCAGUUCCGCCCCAUCGACCUCGCGUUUGGAGAAGAAUAUGGAGUCGCGGACGUGCGGAUGGGCAAGACGCGUGUUAUGGUCAAGAUCUCCGCGGAAGUAGUCACACCAGGCUCGGACAGGAAGUUCGACGGUAUCUUCACAAUAUCUACGGAGCUAAGCCCAAUGGCGAGCCCGGCAUUUGAAGUUGGACGGUAGGACAAGACACAGGACAAGCAAGAGGUGUGGAUGGACUGAUUGAUGGGGUAGACAAGACCAGACUGAGAUCUUGAUGUCACGACUACUCGAGAAGACCAUUCGGCGCUCAGGUGCGCUGGAUACCGAGAGCUUGUGCAUCAUUGCUGGCCAGAAGUGCUUUCAUGUUCGCGCGGAUAUUCAUGUGCUCGAUCACGAUGGUAAUCUGGUGGACGCGAGCUGCAUUGCAUUGGUAGCGGCGCUCAUGCACUUCCGUCGUCCGGACGUGGAGGUCCACGGCGAAGAAGUCACCGUCUACGGACUGCGAGAGCGGGAGCCGGUGAAGUUGCAGAUGCAGCAUCAACCAUUCUGCGUUACUACAUCAUACUACGACAAUGGAGAGAUCAUGCUGCACGACUCUUCAUUACUGGAAGAACAGUGUCGCGAUGGCGAAAUCGUGGUAUCAAUCAACCGCUUUGGUGAGGUUUGCCAAAUUGCCAAGUAUGGUGGCGCUCCCGUCGAUGGCCUGAGCAUUCUCACUUGCACAAACAUGGCACUGGAGAAGGCCAAGAUGCUUGAAAUGCUCGUCAAGUCCAAGUUGGAGGAAGACGAGAAGAGAAGGGAUGCUGGUGGUCUAAUGGCUGAGUUGAGGGCUGAAAACGAGCGGCCUGGCUGA